GCGAGGGGCCUCCAGCCCUCUCGCCAGGCCCAUCCAGGUGGAUUUCUGACUCUGUGCUCUUUACCUGGCAGGAUGCUGGAGGGUCCAGUGCUGGAGGAGUCGGAGCACCGGUCCCGGGGCUCAUGCACGGGGUCUUGCCAUGCGCAGCGCCUUCUGCAGACCCUCAACGCGUACCGACUGAGCGGCACCUUCACCGACGUGGUGCUGCGCGCCGGUGGCCGCGACUUCCCGUGCCACCGGGCGGCACUGAGCGCGGGCAGCGCCUACUUCCGCAGCCUGUUCGCCGCCGGGCAGCCGGAGCGCGGCCUGGCCGUGGUACCCGUGGCACCCGCCAUGCGCUGGGUGCGCCACGACGCGCCGGCCCGCCGCGGGCAGCUGCGGCGCCUGCUGGAGCACGUGCGCCUGCCCCUGCUGGCGCCCGCCUACUUCCUGGAGAAGGUGGAGGCCGACGAGCUGCUGCAGGCCAACCGCGAGUGCCGCCCUCUGCUGCUCGAGGCCCGCGCCUACUUCAUCCUUGGCCGCGAGGCUGGCGCGCUGCGCGCCCGGCCGCGGAGAUUCAUGGACCUAGCUGAAGUGAUCGUGAUCAUCGGUGGCUGUGACCGCAAGGGGCUCCUGAAGUUGCCCUUCACUGAUGCCUACCAUCCAGAGAGUCGGCGCUGGACCCCACUGCCCAGCCUCCCAGGGUACACGCGCUCAGAGUUCGCCGCCUGUGCUCUGCGCAAUGACGUCUAUGUUUCUGGAGGCCACAUCAACAGCCGUGAUGUGUGGAUGUUUAGCUCCCCUCUGCACACCUGGAUCAAGGUGGCCUCACUGCUCAAGGGCAGGUGGAGGCAUAAGAUGGCAGUCAUGCAGGGGCAGCUGUUCGCGGUGGGCGGCUUCGAUGGCCUUCGGCGCCUGCGCAGCGUAGAACGCUAUGACCCCUUCUCCAACACCUGGGCGCCCGCGACACCUCUUCCCCAGGCCGUGAGCUCAGCGGCAGUGGUGGCCUGCACCGGCAGAAUCUUCGUGAUCGGGGGUGCCGGCCAAGAUGGCGUCAGCACUAACAAGGUGCAGUGCUUUGACCCCGAGGAGGACCGGUGGAGCCUGCGAUCACCAGCGCCCUUCUCACAAUGCUGUCUCGAGGCUGUCUCCCUUGAGGGCACCAUCUAUGUGGUGGGAGGCCUCAUGAGCAAAAUCUUCACUUACGACCCUGGCACAGAUGUCUGGGGGGAGGCAGCUGUCCUCCCCAGGCCUGUGGAGAGCUGUGGCGUGACAGUGUGUGAUGGCAAGGUCCACAUCCUUGGUGGGCGGGAUGAUCUUGGGGAGAGCACCGACGAAGUCUUCAUCUUUGACCCCAGCAGUGGGCAGGUGGAGGCCCAGCCAUCCCUACAGCGUUGUACCAGCUCCCAUGGCUGUGUCACCAUCAUUCAGAGCCUGAGCAAGUGACACAGACUUGAGCAGCCUGAGCCAGGAAGCAGAGAAAGGAAUGAGAACUCAGAUUCACCACUGCUCCCCUCAUGGCACCUCCAUGUAAAUAGCCCCUUAACUUAUUGCCCCCCUCUUUCUCAUAGAAAUAAAACCUGCUUCAAAGGU